AUGUAUCAUAACACUGGUAACUUAAUCUAUCUAUCUAUCUAUCUAUCUAUCUAUCUAUCUAUCUAUCUAUCUAUCUAUUAUACACAUUUUAAAAUGGUGUCUUCUGUAUGCUUCCUCUCUUUGCUUCUAUACGGUGCUGAGACGCGGCCUCUCAGUAUGACUUUCGCAUCUCGUGUCCAUAUCUAUCUAUCUAUCUAUCUAUCUAUCUAUCUAUCUAUCUAUCUAUCUAUCUAUCUAUCUAUCUUUUCUAAUUCUAGCAAACAACGACAUCGUAAUAUUGUGAGUGUUCUUGGUUUGUGUCUCGAGACGCGUCUACCAGGUCUCAUCGCAGAAUUUGUUGAUGGCGUCUCUGUAAAGGAAUUCAUGCGAAGCAGUUACAAAUCGAUGACAUGGCCAACAAGGGCGAGAAUAUGUCUUCAAGCAGCAGACGGGCUGGCGUUUUUACACAGUUGCAAACCGUCAAUAUUUCACAGGGAUGUCAGAUGCGCGAACAUUUUCAUUACAGAUCAGGAUAUUGUUAAGGUGGCAGAUUUUGGAAUUACAAAAUUACUGCAGCCUUUACGGGAAGAAUGUACAAAGGAAGAAUGUGUCUGUCAGAAAGCCUAUAGUGCUUGUGCAUCUUCUAUACGGUGGACAGCUCCUGAGGUGUUACGAAACCCAACUGCCAAAGAGCACGAACAAAAAUACAAUGUCCUGUGUGACGUCUACUCGUUCGGAAAUAAUAAAAACAAACAUAUGUAUUCACCAAAACGUUUUAACAUCUUUUUGAAUUUAUCUCUCAAUACUCACCAAUAUCUAUCUAUCUAUCUAUCUAUCUAUCUAUCUAUCUAUCUAUCUAUCUAUCUAUCUAUCUAUCUACAACAGGUUUUCAUAUGUAAGUGUAUACAUUUAUAUGUAUCUUCGUUUUAA